CAUCCUAGCGAUAUUCAAGCCCAUUUAGACCAACAGUGACCGCAGUUACAACGCCAGCGGACAUCGUCCCCACACAACCGGAACAGCGGCUCCCUCAUCUGCUGACGGACAAGAAGACUGUGGAUAUUUAAGGAUUUGGUGACAGAAAGUUUAAGCCCCCGAAUAAGAGAUAGUGGUGUUGUGAUUUACUGAAGAUGAAAAUGUUGACGACGUAUCUGUCGAGGAUGGUGGUGAUUCUGUGCUGUGGGUAUGCAUUAAGCCAAGACCAGCCCGAUGUCCGAGUUCCCCCCACAGUGCAUACACCCCUCUUUGCACGGACAGAUUACUUCAACACAGGUUCAAGAUUCAUGGUGCCCUGUAAUGCGACUGGAACUCCACACCCUAAGUACACUUGGCACAAAGAUGGCGCUAACUUCACAUCCGAUUACAUCAGUGUCAACCCAGUCAACGGCUCUCUGCUGGUGGAGGCCGCCACGAUACGUGAGGAAGGGACGUACCGUUGCUUAGCAACCAACACGUGGGGCACUUCGGUGUCUCAGGAAGUAGAGAUGUUACUCAUCAGAGGGAAUAGGUUUGAUGACCUCGGUUCCCGAGCGAUGACUAAGGUAGCGGGAGAGAGUGCCUCCAUGGAGUGUUUAAAUCCACCUGAAUCUGUCCCCGUCGGCUCCUUCGCCUGGUACCUCACCGAUGACGACGAUAAACAACGCAGCUUCACCCCAACCAAGAGAUACGGCGUGGACGAGACAGGUACGCUACAUUUUGCUUACUUGGAAGUGGGUGACCGCAUUGACGGAAAGCUAUAUGCGUGCGGGCUCCACAACGCUAAGACCGACAACAUCUACCUCGGCAGCAAAGUCGACCUCACAGUCACCCCUGGAUCAGGUACCGGUGACAGUAAACCUCGAAGACUAUACAAGACCGGAGUGAAGAGAGGAUUUAUUGGCAAGAGCGCCAUCCUUGAGUGUUUCUUCGGUGGAAAACCUGUUCCUGAUGUCCAGUGGUAUGACAAGUACAACAACGCUAUAUUCCCCAACAACACCCACUUCAGCAUCGAGGACUAUGGUCGACGUGUGAAGAUUCUCAACGUCACCGACUACGACGAGGGCACUUACACGUGUGAAGCCAGUAACUCACAGGGGCGACUGAAGGAGACGUCCUUCCUCAACGUCACCUCCCGGCCGAUUUGGGUGGAAUCGCCGCUGUCGCAGACAGUCGUGGAGGGGAGCAACGUCACGUUCAACUGUAUAUCGAAAGGCGCGGACAGGGAAAACACACCUUCGCCUCCUAUAUGGUACCAGAACGGCGAACAGCUUCCUCAAAACGACAAGAGAAUCAUCGACUUCACCAAGUUCCGUCUGCUCCAUGUGUCACGUGACACUGACAUCAUGAACGUGCAGUGUUUGGUACAGAACGAGUUUGGCAGCAUCUUUCAGGACGCAUAUCUGAAUAUUCUGUCCCCAAUCACAAUACAGUCGCGCCCGUCUCCAGUUAUCCGAGUUGUACCUGGAGAUGUGAAGACGUUGUCUGUCUCCGCUGUCACAGACCCCAGUCGGACGCUCGUGUUUCGCUGGACGUUCAACAACGAAGACAUUAGACAAUCUCAUCCUGGUAUUUCACUGCGUAGCAACGACACCAACAGCGUCGUCACCAUCAACACCACCAACGUCAGCCCUGAGAAUCUGGACAGUGUGUUGGGGUUGUACGCGUGUGUAGUCAGCCACGACGUUCAACACGUGGUCGUCAGCGCCGACGUAAUGAGGAUGCCGUCCACAACAGAACCCACCACAACAGAGAUGCAGCCGGUCACGGAAGGCAUCAGAGAGGCGGCCACGACGAGCAUGUGGUGGGUGUUGGCGGUGGUUUUGGGGCUGCUGCUGGUGGUGGGGAGCGUCGUCCUGAUCGUCUUGGUUCUCCGUCACCGAUACCCAAAGCGGGUUUACCUGUUGGAGAAAAAGGAACUGAAAAACAAGUUGGAUCCUAAGCGAGAUCUGGAGAAUGAUUACUUCCAGACUCUCUGAAGAGUGGCUGAGAGACUUUCGUGUGUGAGUGAGUGAAUGAGUGUUUCUUGUUUUAACUCCAUUGAGGAAUAUUCCAGCUAUAUGACAGCGGUCUGGAAAUACUGUGUCUUGAUCACAAUCCAGUGAUCAACACCGUGGGCAUCGACGCAAUUGGGAUACGAUGAUAUGUGUCAACCAAGUGAGCGGGCCUGACCACCAGAUUGCUUCUUAUGACAAGCAUGGUUUGCUGAAGACCAGUUCUAACUGUGAUGAUAUGUGUCACGGUAUCUUCUUGGGUUGAUAGGAUGGGAUGAGUGAGUUAGUUCAGCAUAUUUAAGUUCAGUUUAGUUUAACAAUGUGUGUGUAUGCAUUUAAAUUAAACCACACAGUGUCACCUUGGUGGUGUCUCAAGGGGUACCACUUGGUACAGACAAACCAAGAAUCAUGACUUGGAUGAAUCUGAGAUUCAAACCCACAGUCACACGUUUCGGUCACACCUCCAAGUCAUGGGGUCCAUUACAGCUGGGAAAUUGCAGAAUGCGGCACAAAACAGUUGACAAACAUCUAUAACUGGACACACCUUAGACAAAUGACAAUAAAUAUCUAGCUUUUGUUUAGAAUUGUAUUAUAUUGUAUGUGAACUGUAGCACCGAAUUCACACACACAAAAAAAAUCCUUAUUUCCAAAGACAUUUAUUCAAGCCAGAAGUAUCUUUCAGUAACUUUCACCAUUGCUGUGGAUGAUGAUGAUGAUGAUGAUGAUGAUGAUGAUUUAUUCGAGUGAUAUUUUAGAAAUUGGGAAGUACAAUAUUUACAAACUUUAUGGAUAAAAACGAAAUAAAGAAGUUGUUAUCCAUAAAGUUUGUGUAUAUUGAUGAUGAUGAUGAAUUUUUCAUUUAUGUGUUACUAGUUUGUUAUUCUUACAUGCAUGAACAGUAUUUCUGUCAGGGGAUGAUAGACCCCUAUCAGUUUGGUAAAUACCAUAAACUCUGGAUUAGCAAAAGGAGACCAAGGAUUCCAAUAGAGUAAAAUGUUUUGUUACUGUUUUGUUGUAGAUGAGUGAAUUUAUCCGUCUAUACACACUAUUUGGUUUAUAGUUUAUUGUUCUGUCGAGGGUAGAAUACUCUACCAGUCUAACAUAAUGCAAUUUACAUGUUCUACUUUAUAUCCUGUGCCAGACUCCCUGGGAAAGGCCACAACAAAAUGCGUAUUUCUUCAUCGGAUCUUUCAUUGCUUUCCCCAAAAUAUAUUUUUCCACAUGGUAGCAUCUCAUAAUCAAUAUCAUAUCAUAAUAUCAAGGAUUGUACGUUAUUGAUUUUAGAUUUCAGUGUUUAAACAAGCUGAACAAAACAAGACAAGGAUGCCAAAACCCCUGAGCGUAAAACUUUCACCAUUUUCUUUUUACAUAUAUGUCAAGACGACCUUGACAUAUAUAAUAUGUGUAGAUAUUACCUUCAUUGUUAUUAUAUGUAUGUCUCAUCGAACUGCUACACAAUAAUCAACAUGCACACAAUGUUUUGAUUUUUCUGUACAAAGUAUGUUUGAAUCUGACAGCAACAUACCUUUGAAAUCAUAUAAUAUAUAUUGAAGUUGAUCAUGCAUAUAGCUGAUGUUUAAAAUAAACAAGAAUAUUGUGUUGUUACUAGUACCUGUGACUGACCUUUACCUGCAGUCUACCUACUGGUCUCUCUUGACAAUCAUGUACAUUGCUAAUGUUUGAAAUAAACAAGAAUAUUGUGUUGUUACUA